GUUUCUGUCUCAGACAGCUCAGAGCCCACAGAGACAAGAAACCCACAAAAGAAAGAAACAUCAAAAACUUGCAUCUCUGCAACUCACAAUCCCAAUCACAACAGCAAUGGCUGAGCUUGAAAACCCUAAUGAGAUGCCUAGGGUUAUUACCUUCCUCUCGUCUCUGCUUCAGAGAGUGGCCGAGUCGAAUGACAUGAACCGUCGGUUGGAGCAGCAGAAGAUCUCGGUCUUCCAUGGUCUCACUCAGCCCACCAUCUCAAUACAGAGCUACCUGGAAAGGAUCUCCAAGUACGCCAAUUGCAGCCCGUCUUGCUUCGUUGUCGCUUAUGUUUAUCUAGAUCGGUUUUCACAGAAGCAACCCUCGUUGCCCAUCAAUUCAUUCAAUGUUCAUCGAUUGCUCAUCACCAGUGUCAUGGUCGCUGCCAAAUUCAUGGAUGACAUGUAUUACAACAAUGCUUACUAUGCAAAGGUUGGAGGGAUCAGUACAACAGAGAUGAACUUCCUUGAGGUGGAUUUCCUGUUUGGUUUGAGCUUCCACUUAAAUGUGACACCCACCACAUUCCACACCUACUGUUCUUACCUUCAAAGAGAGAUGAUCCUGCUGGAACCUACUCUAAAUCUUGGAAGAUCUUUAAAGCUCCAUUGUAGCUUCAGUGAGGAUGAAUCUACCCACCAAACACAACAACUAGCUGUUUAAAGGUGUUGGAAUUGGAAUUUUCCUUAAGUUAGAGCUAGUGAUGGAGAGAGACUCUCUCUCUCUCUCACUCUGCCAUUUCCUUCUUUGUCUUUUUUGGCCAUAUGUGGGUUGGAAAAUUGAACCCAUGAUCAUGUGUACUAAAGCCAUCUGUUUUUUGUUUCCUUUUCUUGGUUUUUGUUUUUGGUUUUUUGAGUUGUGAACUUCAAGCAGUGGUAUAUACAGAUAGGAAUUUCUUCUUUACA